AUGCUGUCCUCAAUAACCUCCUCCCCUACUCUCAGAGACGAUCCUGGCGUUCGGGUCGCACAAAUCGAAGCCAGUACUUUUGACGCCGCUCAAUCGAUUCGGCGCGCUUUUCACUCAUCUCGGACCGUGACGCCCGGUAUUCGCGAUCAAUCCGCCACAUUGUCCGAGUCACAGGACGCAGCUACCGGGCCUUCUGUGUCCUCCAAGUUGGAGUUUGCUGAGCGAGUAGUGCAUCCUGAGCACGAACACGACAAAUUUUCACAAGAUCACGACGACGUUGCUGCAGCCACUACGGAGAACGAAACCGAACAGUCCCCUCCGCCGCAAUAUCCCGCCUCGGAGGCGUCCUCUUCCUCUCGCCCUCCACCCUUCUCCUCGCUCUUUGCGCCGCUCAUCGACACCGCUGGUGAAUCGUCUAGCAAGGUUGUUGGCGCCGCAUCAACAGAAGCCUGUGCAUCUGGGUCCGUAGCUGCUCCUGCCUAUUCCAGCUGCCCACCGCUCGAAUCGUCGCCCUUCCAGCCUGACGGGACAUCCGCAAGAGCUUUCUACGACCCCGUCGAGGAAACCAAACGAGCUCUUCCCCAGGAUACAAAAGCAGAGCCUGGUCGUAAGGACGAAGACGCAGAACCACCUCCGGCGUACUCAGAGGGCGACAGUCCUCUUCACGCAUUCACAUACGUCAUGUCGGCCGCAGGAGGCGCUGCGAGUAUCAUUACUCAGGUCCAACAAGGGGGGCCACCCAUCAAUGCGAUUGGAGAUGUCGGGGCUGACGAGACAAUCGCAAUGGACCUUCGUGGUACCAGAUUUGUCCUCUCACGGGAUGAACUUUUGACACUGCCAGAGUUUGUUCUGCUGUCCCUGUUUCCGAAUGGCUUGUUUCCAGAGGGGCAUAUGACCGGUUUUUCUGAGAAUGAUGCCGUGCAAGUCGAUUAUGAUCCGGUGUCAUUGCAGUACAUGUUGGACUUUUUUAGAAACGUGGCCCAGACGAUACCCGCCGAAUCUUCGCCUGGUGCAUCGCAGGAUGGAGAUGCUAUGUCUGUAGAACCCCUUGGGUCACGAGACGAUUCAUCUAAGAGAGCAGGCAUUAUCGUUUUGAGAGAAGACUUGGAUUUUUACGUUAUCCCUCCGCAAGCGAAUAUUAGCCAGCCAGAUAUGAUUGAGGUUAAGCGUGCGGCUGCCAAAGCAUUGCAGCGGCAAGACGGCAUCUUUUCAGGAUUAAAGCGUAGCGAUGAACCUGGCACGACGGAAGCGCAUCUUAUCGAAAUGCUGACAGCAGGUGGGUUCAAUCACGAUGACACAUGGGGCCAUCGAGCUGGGGAGCCAAACAAGGCCGUCAUUUGCAGUCUGGCAUUGGCACGGCUGCGCAGCGAUAUUAGGGGAAACGACAUGGGAACGAAUGCCGUCGGCAUGGCACAGAAACUGCUGCUGUUCUGGAGGAAACCUGCGAGAAGAUGCUGGUGGGAGGGCGUCGAGUUGGACAAUGUUGAUGGCGUUCAAGGCAAGCUCAAAGUCUGGAUUCGACGCGUUUGGACAUUGGAGAUGAGCGUGAUUGGACUCCGCUAA